UCUCUCUCUCUCCCUCUUUCUCUCUCUCUCUCUCUCAAACUAAACUCUUUUCCUUUCAUCUCUCACACAACCCCGAUCGCAUGGAAACUUGCCGGAAAUUCAAAUUCCGGCCACCGCGCGUUCUCUCCGGCUAAAUGCACCCAGCUCGAUGUCGUUUCACUGUUUCCCACAAGUCCCAGAACGACGACGAUGAAGAAGACGGCGAAGAACACGUGAUCAAACCCUUCUCGAAAAAAGAUCACGGUUUCCGUUACAUUCACAUUCACGGUCACGACGUGCAGCAAUGGCGGCGGCUACGACGCCGUCAGUGGACUCGGCUUCCGCCGACGAAGCAACGGCGAAAACGGCGCAGAAGCGUUACGAAGGGUUGUUGAUGGUUCGAAACAAAGCCAUAAAGGGAAAAGGGGCGUGGUAUUGGGCACACUUGGAACCCUUGUUGCUUCACAACACCGAAACGGGACUCGCCAAAGCGGUGAAGCUUCGUUGUUCUCUCUGCGACGCCGUUUUCUCUGCUUCCAACCCUUCACGCACCGCUUCUGAACACCUCAAGCGUGGAACGUGUCCCAAUUUCAACAGUGCUGCAAAACCCAUUUCGUCUGUUUCGCCGGCGAGUGCUGCUGCUGUGGUUGUGGUUUCUUCUUCUUCUUCGCCUUCUCCCUCUUCUUUUGUGCAGCACAAUCACCGCAAGAGGACCUCGCCUUCGGGUUCUACGUACCUUGCCCCGACGCGAUUCGGGUCGGGUUUGGUUCAGCAGCAACCGCAUUUGAUGCUGUCUGGUGGGAAAGAGGACUUGGGUGCUUUGGCUAUGUUGGAAGAUAGUGUGAAGAAGCUCAAGAGUCCUAAAACUUCGCCGGGGCCAACUUUGAGUAAGACUCAGAUUGAUAGUGCCCUUGAUUAUUUAGCUGAUUGGGUGUAUGAGUCGUGUGGUUCCGUGUCUUUUUCGAGUUUGGAGCACCCAAAGUUCAGAGCUUUUCUUGCACAGGUUGGUUUGCCUAGUGUUUUUCCCAGAGAGUUAACGGGGGGUAGGUUGGAUGCAAGGUUUGAGGAAGUUAAGGUUGAGUCUGAAGCGCGGAUUAGUGAUGCCAUGUUCUUUCAGAUUGCUUCUGAUGGGUGGAAGGGGAAGAACAAUUGGGAUGGAGAUGGGGAUGAGGGGUUGGUGAAUUUGAGUGUCAAUCUUCCUAAUGGGACCAGUUUGUACAGAAGAGCAUUGUUUGUGACUGCUUCUGCUCCUUCCAAGUAUGCUGAAGAGGUUUUGUGGGAGACAAUCACUGGCAUUUGUGGGAAUCUGGUGCAACAGUGUGUUGGGAUAGUUGCAGACAAGUUCAAGGCCAAGGCUUUGAAAAACCUUGAGAAUCAGAAUCAUUGGAUGGUUAAUCUUUCUUGUCAGUAUCAGGGUUUCAAUAGUUUAAUCAAGGACUUCGCCAAGGAACUUCCCUUGUUCAGGACUGUCACCGAGAAUUGUCUCAAGCUUGUGAAUUGUGUCAAUUACAGGUCUCAGGUGCGGAACAGUUUUCACAAGUACCAACUCCAAGAGUACGGCCACACUUGGUUGCUUCGGGUGCCAAAGGAUUUUAGCUUUGGCCCUGUGUAUACAAUGAUGGAGGAUACAUUGAGUUCGGUUCGUGCUCUGCAGUUGGUUCUAUUGGAUGAACCCUUCAAGAUGGUGUCCAUUGAAGACCAGAAUGCAAGAGAAGUUGGGGACAUGAUUCGAGAUGUUGGGUUUUGGAAUGAUUUGGAGUCGGUUCACAGUUUGGUUAAAUUGGUUAAGGACAUGGCUCAGGAGAUUGAGGCAGAGAGGCCACUGGUUGGGCAAUGCCUUCCCCUUUGGGAUGAAUUGAGAACAAAAGUGAGGGAUUGGUGCUCCAAAUUCCAUAUUGCAGAAGGAGCAGUGGAAAAGCUAGUUGAGAGAAGGUUCAGGAAGAACUACCACCCUGCUUGGGCUGCUGCUUACAUUCUUGACCCUCUUUAUUUAGUGAGAGACACUAGUGGCAAGUACCUUCCACCCUUCAAGUACUUGACCCCUGAGCAGGAGAAAGAUGUGGACAAACUCAUAACCAGGCUUGUUGCAAGAGAUGAAGCUCAUAUUGCUCUCAUGGAGCUCAUGAAAUGGAGAACAGAAGGGCUUGAUCCAGUUUAUGCUCAAGCUGUUCAGAUGAAGGAGAGAGAUCCAAUCACUGGGAAGAUGAGGAUUGUGAAUCCACAAAGCAGUAGGCUUGUGUGGGAAACUUAUCUCACUGAAUUCAAGUCCUUAGGAAAAGUUGCAGUGAGGCUAAUAUUCCUUCAUGCCACUUCAUGUGGCUUCAAAUGCAAUUGGUCUUUGUGGAGAUUGGUUUGUGCCCAUGGCCACUCCACUGCACUGGACAAGGUGCAGAAGUUGAUAUUUAUUGCAGCUCAUUCCAGACUUGAGAGGAGGGAUUUUUCCACUGAUCAAGAUAAGGAUGCAGAGCUGUUUGCCUUGGCAAAUGGUGAGGAUGAUGUGUUAAACGAGGUUCUUGUUGAUACAUCCUCAGUGUAACAUUUUUCCCCUCUUUUUUUUCUUGGGUUAAUCAGUUAGGAAUUUUAAUUUUUUAGGAUUUAUUGAAUUCUUUCCACUACCCUCUUCUCUUUCAUGUCUUCUUCCUUCUUUCUUUUUUUAUUCCCUUUGCAUUUUGAACACUUACUAGAAGGACUUUGGAGCCUCGUGAUUCGAGCAACUUCUCCAUCUUUCACCCUACCAUGAUCUUCAAGUUGUUAAAUACUGGGAAAGCGGGAAAGAUUGCAACGCCGGAGAAAAAGUGCAUGACUUACAGA